AAUCUGAAUCAUGCUCUUCAGCCAUAUAAAAAAUUAGAUAAAUUCGUACAAAAUCAAACACUGUUUAGCUCCCAGAUAACGUAAAUCACCACAACAAAUCUCUAACCCGCCUCGACAGACCAACAAAUUUUCCACAUAAUUCACCACUAUCAAUCGCCAUGACCACCUCUUCAGCCUUCUUUUCUUCGCUCUUCAACAUACCAAUCUCGAAAAUCCCAAACCCGGAUACUAAUCUUGCCAAAAUCAAAUAUCCUUCAAGAAGAAGGACAUAUUUCUCCCAUUUCCGCCCCAUAAGAUCUGUCCCAGAUUCCGUUUCCAUCAUAGAUAAUCUACCGGUUGCUGCCUCGUCAUCGGCCCCUAGCUGUUCGGCUACAACUAUGAAUUCUGUAAUUCUUGACGAUGAUAGCGUUAAUGAUGAUGAGGUGAAAAAAGCCGAGUCGAAAAUUGGGGCUAAGGUCAGAGUUAAGGUGCCACUAAAGGUUUACCAUGUGCCUAAAGUGCCCGAAUACGAGUUGACGGGAAUGGUGGGUGUGGUGAAGCAGUAUGUUGGGGUUCAUAAGGGGAAAAAGAUUUCAGCUAAUUUGCCGUAUAAAGUGGAGUUCGUGGCUGAUGAGGUUCUGGGGCGUGAUGGGAAGCCAGUGAAAUUCUCGGCACACCUGAGGGAUGAUGAAUUUGAGUUUCUUGACUGAUCUUACGGUUCGUUUGAUUAAAUUUCUAUUCCUUUUUGUCGAAUAUUGAUGUGCCACUUGAUGACUUCCUGUAAUAAUUUUGCAUACAAGUGUUAUAUGUGUACAACAUUGUAGAUAAUUUACCUUUUUGAGGUCAUAUUUUUGGUCUACUUGAUGAAUUUCUUUUCAAGAAAA